AUGGGCGAUCCUUAUUUGCAAACUCGUUACGAUCGCUUGAGGUUGAUUAUGUUUCCCGAGUUAUGUGAUGAUCUUGAACCAAAUGAGGAGAUGCUCAGUGGUCGUACUUCGAUUGUUCAGCAACUAAUUGAUCCUACAAGAUUGCUGAAAACUGCAAUAGUGGAAUUAAUUAGUCUCCAGGAUGAAUCAGAAUUGACAACUAAAGCUAUUCCAGAACUUAUCAAAUUACUUGGUGAUCGAGAUGAGAUGGUAGUACUUCGUGCAGCUCAUAUGGUGCAUUUGUUAUCAAAAGAAAGUAAAUCUGGUACUGCAAUAGCCAACAAUCCAACUCUGAUUGCAGCACUGUGCUCUGCGAUUAGAUUUGACAAUGAGUCGAUUAGACGCGACACAUUGGCGGCAUUGUCGCAUAUAUCUGAAUAUGAACAAGGAAGGAUGCAUUUAUUUCGCUCAGGUGGUAUUCCUGAAUUAGUGAAAAUGCUUUCUGUUUCUAUUAAUGCUGUACGUCACUAUGCAAUAACGACAUUACACAAUCUAUUACUUUAUAUGGAUUCUGCUAAACAGGAAACACGAAACUUUGGUGGACUUGAGGCCAUGACUCCUCUUUUACAUGAGCAUAAUCCGAAGUUUUUGGCGCUGCUUGCUGAUUCUUUGUACCUGAUAAUGUUAGAUCAUGCGCAAAGCAAGCUGUCCUUCCUAUCAAUGAAUGGUCCAGCGUCACUUAUAUCGCUUCUUGACUCAUAUCGCCAAUAUCCAAAGCUCGUUUAUACAAUCGUUCGAUGCAUUCGUGCAAUUUCAGUUUGUCCUCAGAAUGAAAACGUUUUAAUAUCUCUUGGAGCGCUGCAGUUAUUGGGUGAUUUUAUUGAUGAUGUAGAAGAAAGGACGCAGAUAGCUGUUCUUUGUGCAAUUAGAAAUUUAUCAGAUGCUGCAACAAAUGAGACCAACAUAGCGCCUUUAAUUAUCAGGCUGUUAAAUGUAAUUGCUAUGGGCGAUGAAUCUUUAGCUGCUUGUGCUACUGGCAUAUUAUCGAAUCUUACGUGUAAUAAUGUUCGUAAUAAACAGACUGUUUGUGUGAAUAGAGGAAUGGAUAUUUUAUGUUCAGCACUGGAUAGGUUCACGAAGAUUGAAGAAAUAACUGAACCAACGUUAUGUGCAUUGCGGCAUUGCACGGCGCGACAUCCUUUAGCAUCACAAGCGCAAAGUGAUAUACGCUUAUCACAAAAUCUCCCUGUUAUUUUGGAUCUUCUUUCAACAAUGCGAGCACCUAUUGUAAAAGCUGCACUUGGGCUUAUCCGUAAUCUUGCUUUAUUACCUGCAAAUUUUUAUUCUCUUAAUCAUGAAACCACUUCAAAGGGAGAUUCAGUCGUGACUUUAGCAAUGGAUGUACUUGGUAGAGCAGGAGCUCAGUUGCGUCAAGAUCCUGAAGCAGCAGCUGAUGGAGUUGCAAUGCGUGAACUUGUAGAAGGUGCUGUAUCAGCUUUGCAUCAAUUGGCUAACGAUCCAAGUAUUGCUAAUAUUAUGCUACGCGAUCAUCCUUUCAUUGAAAUGUUAAUCAAGUUGCUGUCAUCUGAACAUGUUUAUGCGAAUGAUGAUGAACUGUUACAACGAGAAUUACUUGGAUUAAUUUAUCAGUUAUCUAAAAGUGUAGAGGGAUCUCAUCAGCUUGACAUUCAUGGAUCAACGCCAUUUCUUCUUGAUGCGUUGCAUUCUAAAAAUAAAGCAGUUGCUACUUAUGCAUCGGUAAUAUUGAAAAAUCUGCAACGAGAUAAACCAGUUAUGUAUCGUGAAGAAUUAGAAACUGAAAUCGAAAGUGCGAUAAAUGAGGGUGAUGAAUGGAUGCAUGAUGGAUUAGAGCCCGAACUUUUUGCAGAAAUGUAUCAGGAGUCAGGAGUUGACCGACUUGAUCAUCAUUCACCAUGGCAGCCGCCACCAUAUCAGACUAAUGGACAGAAUCCUUCUUGGUUCGAUACCGAUCUCUAA